AUGAAAGACUCGGUGGCCGCAUCCGAGGUGCAUGCGCUAGUUCGACAAACAUUGCCUUUUUUCUACAGUAAUGCACCAAGAUACUUUACCGCUAUUUCUGACCAUGAUUUGGCUCUUUUGAUGCCUGUCCUUGUGUACUGGUCUGCAUCACUUUUCUUUCAUGCUCUAGAUGUGCUACGGCCUGCAUGGUCUGAAAAAUUUCGGCUACACGAGCCCGAAGAACUGAAGCGACGCAACCGUGUGAGCAUGACUCGCGUGAUUUUGAUGGUCAUGUUACAGCAUGCGAUCCAAACGGCCCUGGGCAUCGCCAUUAUGGAAGAUACGCCUGCAACGCCGACGGAACGUCUAGAUGCGGAUCCUUACAAAGAUAUCCCAGUAAUUUUGAACUGGAUGCGCUCCCUUCAUUUGCCUGUGUAUGAUGGAUUCCUCGUGCGGGCAGCCAUUGCGUUGUAUUGGUGGGGCAUUCCUUGGUUCCAGUUUUGGUUUGCGUGCUUUGUUCUCGAUGCUUGGCAAUACAUGCUGCAUCGCACGAUGCAUGAAGUGCGCUUUCUUUACCGCAUGUUGCACUCGCACCAUCACAGGCUGUAUGUUCCUUACGCCUUCGGUGCGCUAUACAACCACCCUCUCGAGGGUAUGUUGCUAGACACGCCAGGCGCCGAGCUGGCUCGUGUGCUUAGUUGUAUGACUUUACGUCAAACGAUUGUCUUCUUUACCCUUUCUACUUUCAAGACGGUCUGUGAUCAUUGCGGAUAUGCAUUCCCAUGGUACUAUAACCCCAUCCACGCCUUGUUCCCGAACAAUGCUGCCUACCAUGAUGUGCAUCACCAGACCCAGGGUUUGCGUUUCAACUAUUCGCAGCCAUUUUUUGUACACUUUGACACUAUUCUCGGCACACGCGUCGACCCGGCUGAUUUCCAUGCGAUGCUUGUAAAGAAGGGCAUCAAGAAAGCGGACGACGAAAAGGCCCCACUCCCAUCGCCGAGUACGUCGCCAUAUACGACUGCCACGGUGUGGUCUAGUGUUCUGUUUGCUGGCAUCCUAGUUGUGCCUGUUGUAGCCUACUCCCUCAUGUAG